UCAUAGAAGUUCGUUUGAUGAUUCAAAGUCGCUUUGUUGUUGCGUUUAUUUGCUGGUUAACUGAUUACUUACGAAGAACGUAUGUAAUGUGACCUAUUGAUUAAAAACGCGCGUGCUUAUCUGUGAUAAAUUAAAUACGUCGCGAUGUUUCCGAAAAGUGUGAUUAGUGAAGUUUGAGUGUACAGAAAAUGGGUUUGAUAACUUCGAGGGAGCAGACGAUGUUGGACGGUACGGGUGCGCCUGGAAAGAGUAACCAUGUCCGGCAGGCUUCCACGAGGAGCCGCACGAAGCCACCGAUGCCGGACAGAGAUGAGCUGGAGAACCGUUUCGUCAAAGUCUUGGCCUCGAUGGAUCUGCCUCCCGACAAAGCUAAACUCCUCCGGAAUUACGACCUGGAGAAGAAGUGGGAGAUCAUCUGUGACCAAGAUAUGGUGCAGGCGAAGGAUUCACCGACACACUACCUCAACAAGCUUCGCACAUAUCUCGACCCUAAAGCUUCGAGGAGUCAUCGAAAAAGGAAAAUGGUCGGCGAUUCAACAUCAACACAGGUACUCAGAGAUCUGGAGAUUUCACUACGAACGAAUCACAUAGAAUGGGUGCGAGAGUUCCUCAACGAACAGAACCAAGGAUUGGAUGUGCUGAUAGACUACCUUAGCUUCAGGUUAAGCAUGAUGAGGCACGAGCAGAGGAUAGCUCUCGCCAGGAGCCAGUCCAGCGAUGGAAUCAAUCAAAUAAACACAACAACAUCGGAAUGCAGCGGACCCACAGAGGCGGGUUCCACUUUGAACUCCACUUGGAGGAGGAGAGCCCGAAGCGCCGACUCGGAGAUCGAGGGCGCGGCCAGCCCGGCCGUCGCCAGGCGGAGGACGAGGCACGCGGCCAGACUCAACAUGGGGGCUUCCACGGACGACAUACACGUCUGCAUCAUGUGCAUGAGGGCCAUUAUGAAUAAUAAGUAUGGCUUCAAUAUGGUGAUCCAACACAGAGAAGCGAUAAACAGCAUCGCUCUCUCUCUGGUCCACCACUCGCUGCGGACCAAAGCCUUGGUGCUGGAGCUAUUGGCGGCCAUCUGCCUAGUGAAGGGCGGUCACCAGAUCAUACUGUCCGCUUUCGAUAACUUCAAGGAGGUUAUGGGGGAGCCCAGGAGGUUUCACACGCUCAUGGAGUACUUCAUGAAUUACGAUGCGUUUCACAUUGAAUUUAUGGUCGCGUGCAUGCAGUUCGUGAACAUUAUCGUGCACUCAGUCGAGGAUAUGAAUUUCAGAGUGCAUCUACAGUAUGAGUUUACCGCGCUCAAGCUCGACGACUAUCUGGAGAGGCUGAGGCUGUGCGAGAGCGACGACCUACAGGUUCAAAUCUCGGCGUAUCUAGAUAACGUGUUUGAUGUCGCCGCCCUCAUGGAGGACAGCGAGACCAAAACUGCCGCCCUCGAGAAGGUCAACGAACUGGAGGACGAACUAGGACACGCUCACGAGCGGAUGGCGGCGCUGGAGCGGGAGGCCAUUGCUAAGCUGGCGACACUGGAGGCCGAGCUGGCGCAAGUCAAGCACGAACGAGACCAGCUCGCCGAAGCCAGGAGGCAGGUUGUCGAGGAGGUGUCCACGUUGAGAAGAGCCCAGCAGGACUCUCGGAACAGACAGUCGAUGCUGGAGUCCAAGGUGCAGGAACUCGAGUCGCUCACCAAGUCGCUGCCUCGAGGAGCCUCCAUGGGUGCUAUAUCGUCACACGCGAUGUGCAACGGCAUUAGUAACGGCCACGUGUCCCCACCUCCCCCCCCGCCGGCGCCCUCCCUGCCCAACGGCGACCACAAACCCAGUCCCCCACCGCCGCCCCCACCGGCGCCCGCGCCUCCGCCCGCGGCCCCGUGCCCGCCCCCGCCGCCGCCCCCUCCCCUGCUAAGUUCCGUUCCGCCACCCCCCGCGCCCCCGGCCCCUGGACUCAUGGCCCCUCCGCACCACACCGACGCGAUGACCAUCAAGAGGAAGGUGGACACUAAAUAUAAAUUGCCUACAUUGAACUGGGUCGCACUGAAACCUAAUCAGGUCCGCGGCACGAUCUUCAACGAGCUUGACGAGGAGCGUCCGCGGCGCCGCAUCAACUUCGCCGAGUUCGAGGAGAGGUUCCGGCUGGGGGGCGCCGGGCCCGCGCUGCUCGCCGACACGGACUCGCUCGCCUCCUUCCCCAGCAAGCGCUUCCGCAGGCCGGACACGCUCUCGCUGCUCGAACACACCAGGCUCCGGAAUAUUGCUAUUUCCAGAAGGAAACUCGACAUCCCAGUCGAGAGAGUAAUAUCGGCUGUCAACAACCUCGACCUGAAGCAGCUUCCGCUGGAGAGCGUGGAGAUAUUGCAGCGCAUGGUCCCCACCGAGGCCGAACAGAAGGCGUACAAGGAAUACGUGGCCGAGAAGAAGAACAUCAACUUGCUGACAGAGGAAGACAAGUUCUUGAUGCAGCUGGCUAAGGUCGAGCGCAUAUCCGCGAAGCUGUCGAUAAUGAGCUACAUGGGCAACUUCUUCGACAACAUCCACCUGAUCACGCCCCAGAUCCACGCGAUCAUAUCCGGCUCGUCGUCGGUCAAGUCCUCGCAGAAGCUGAGGAACGUUCUAGAAAUCAUCCUGGCGUUCGGCAACUAUUUGAACAGCAGCAAACGCGGCCCCGCCUACGGCUUCAAGCUGCAGUCCCUGGACACUUUGAUGGAUACGAAAUCCACGGACAAGAGGAUAUCGUUGCUGCACUACAUCGUGGCGACCGUGAGGCAGAACUUCCCGGAGCUGAUGAACUUCGAUACUGAGUUGCUGUACAUCGAUAAAGCGGCCCAAGUGUCGCUGGAGAACGUGGUGGGGGACGUGUGCGAGCUGGAGCGCGGCAUGGAGGCGGUGCGGCGCGAGUGCGAGCGCGCGCACGGGCACGUGCUGCGGGACUUCCUCAACAACGCCGCCGACAAGCUGCGGAGGCUGCGCGCCGAGACCAAGCACGCGCAGGACUCGUUCGCGUCGUGCGUGGAGUACUUCGGCGAGGCGCCCCGGGGCUGCGACGCGAACGCUUUCUUUUCGCUGCUCGUUCGUUUCACGAGGGCGUUCAAGCAAGCCGACGCGGAGAACGAGCAACGCCGACGGCUAGAACAGGCUGCCCAGGCCGACAACGCCGAUCCAAACAAAUCGAAGCAAGCCCAGAAAAAGCAACAGGAUGCUGUAAUCAACGAAUUAAAAACGAAAUCACAAGCCGUCGGCGAAAAGAAGCUGCUUCACCAGGACGAAGUGUACAACGGAGCUUUAGAGGACAUAUUGCACGGACUCCGGAGCGAACCGUACAGACGAGCUGACGCCGUUCGGCGCUCGCAUCGCCGCCGCAUCAACUCGCACCGACUCUCUAAAGGACUCGAUGAACUGGACGUAUGAUACGAGCCCCCCUC